GUUGUCCACCCUUUGAUAAUAGGCCACAUGACACUCAGUUAAUAAUAGAAAUAUGCAAUGGAUUGAGAUCACUACGUCUACAAAAUAUUCGUACAUGUUUUGCAGAAAUAAUGCAAAAAUGCUGGAAUACUGAUUUACUUAAAAGGCCAACCAUUGAAGAGCUUUGUGAAUUCACUAAUUAUGAACUUAUAAAUAUUUAUAAAAAUAGAAAUUCCAAUAAUACUAUUUCAAUUUCACCAAUUUCCAAUCAAAAAAAUAAAAAUAAAUCACAUCCACAUGCAUAUUUAUCAAGUAGAAUAUUAAGUAGAGUUAUUUUCAAGUCAAUUAGAAUUUCAAACUAUGUGACUUCACAAUAUAAUCUUACAUUAUCUGAAGAAAUAUCUGAAGUUCAAAAUAAAUAA